AUGGACAGUCGGGUGAUGGAUGGAUGGUGGAUAGAUGUGAUGUGGAUGACGCAAGUCAGCUAUCAUCCAGUCCACACACUCAUCUUAUACCACUCGCUCUUCCAUCUCCUCCAACCUCUCACAAUGACCCUCCCCUUCCUGUCCGUCGCCAUCUACCACCCCCGCUAUGGCAACUUCCAACACUGGGCUCUCCACCUGCACUCCUCCUCCGAGGACCUCCUCUUUGAGGUUGAUGGCGAGCAUCCCACCUUCCAGAAAGUCGUGUCGCACGCGAUUCCCUCCGAGAGUCCGACCUUCAUCAAAUCGGUGUUUGUGGGCCACAUCGGCCACCCGGAUAUUCCCACCGUCAAGGACGUUGUGAACGCCACGGCAGUGGACAAUGAGACACUCGAGUGGGACUGCCAGGACUACGUGCUCGAGAUUCUCGAGGGGUGCGAGCGUGAGGCUGUGCUGGACGACGAGGAUGCGGAUUAUGUCGAGGCGCGGGAGAUCUUGCGGAGUAUACGGGGGCCGAUGCUCUAG